UGGCACUGGGGAGUGACAGCGAGAUGAGCGACUUAGCUGAGAAAGCUUGGCUGUGUGGGCAGGAGCCCCAGAGAGACAGGGAAUCCGGAAGAGAAACCUGAGCCACGGCACGUCCUGAGAACCGUAUUUCAUCCUCUGCCCUGCAGCAGCUGCAGUCCUCCCCGGUCUCUCAUCCCACGAAGAGGCUGAGCCCUGGGCAGAGCUGCUGCGGCUGGUACCCGAGCGAGAACCCACGUCGAGCUGUCAUGGGGAGUGGAAUGAGCAAGGUGGUUAAAGGUCUCUACCUUGGGAACAUCCGGGAUUCUGAGGACAAAGAAAAUUUGGCAAGGAACGGGGUCACCCACAUCCUGUCUGUGCAUAACAACGCCAAGCCUGUGCUGGAGGACGUGACGUACCUCUGCAUAUCAGCGUCGGAUUCGUCCGCUCAGAACCUGAUACAGCAUUUUAAGGAGUGCAUCAAAUUUAUUCACGAAUGCCGGCUGCAUGGGGGAGGCUGCCUCAUUCACUGCCUGGCUGGGGUUUCCCGCAGCACCACCAUCCUGGUGGCGUACCUCAUGACCGUGACGGACCUCAGCUGGGAAGAGUGUCUGGCGGCCACCAGAGCGGUCCGCUCCUACGUGAGCCCCAACUUCGGCUUCCAGCAGCAGCUGCAGGAGUACGAGAGGACGCUGCUCAAGGAGUACCGAGCCUGGAUUCGAUGCGAGUAUGGCAGGAACCCGUUUAAUGACCAAGAGGAGCUUCGGCGCUUGCUUGUGCAGCAGGAAGAGAAGCAGAGGUCACAGAGAACAGUUGAUCACUGGCUCAAUGCUCCCGAACCCACGUACUCCCUGCCUUACAAUGCCUAUGGUACCAGCAGAAACAGGUGGAUGAAUAGAUAAGAAAAGACUUGCUAAGACAUUAUCCCUGCUGGGGUGGAAGACUCUGUGUUGGUCUUUGUGUGAGGAAUUGCUUUGAUAUUUGUGUGUAGGGCGGAGAGCUAGCCGAAUGCCACCUGCUCAGCCGGGCUGCUGGGAUCUAGCCGUAAAAGCAGAGGAUGGAGGUCGGCAUUUCGGGGUUCUGCUCCCAGCUCUGCCACUGCCUCAGUGUGUGACCCCAGGCAAAUCCCUUUCUCCUUCUGUGCCUCUGCUUGCCCAUGUACAAAAUCUCUCAGGGGCGUGGAGAGACAUCACUAAUUACCAGCAGCAAAGGUGCUUUGAGAGCCUUGGAGGAACAAAGCUGUGGAAGCGAACAUCUUGAUAUUAGUGGACUGGCCCUUUGGUCGUGAAUCUUUUAGCCUGAUGGUGCCCAUUGGUCCCCUUCUGAUCUGCACUUGCCAUGCGGUGGUAUGAAGGGCAUCGUGGCUAUUACACAUGCUGGGCCCAAUUCACUGCUGGGAGAAGCAGGCACCAUGCCAUUGAACUCAAGGGAGGUGUGCCUAUUCAUCCUACCAGACUAGAUCUACCCUACAAAUUGUUGUCAGGGCACUGGGUUGCAGUCAGAACAUGGGCAAUAGCUACUGAAAACCCAGCUAGGUCUUCAUCGACCACCAGGUCUUCAUUGCUUUCCUAGUAUUCGCAGCGCUGUAUCAGGCAAUGUACCAAUCCACCCAUGCCCUGGCUUUCCUAGUCCUUGCAGCGCUGUAUCAGGCAGUGGAAGCCAGAGGUAGGCGAGUCCUGCUAUCGCCUCUCUUUCCCACUUGCCCAAUAUUUUGCCAAGGCAGGUUCACUAAAGCUGGAGGGAAUUUGGUUUUAAGAUACUUGAGCAGGAGGUUUCUGGAGCUGGACUGUGCCCUCCAAGGAUACUGGGGGACUUAUCUGAAUAAUUGUUCAGCAGAAGAGAUGAGGCAAGCAUAACCCGAGCCCGUGUCCCAAUGGAUCUCACUGACAGGUGACUUCUCUAUCCGGCCUGCCUGUUUUUGUGAUCCAUUUCUUCUCCCCCUUGGGCCACCCCAAAGACUCUUUCCUUCCUUGGUGUUUUCACCCUAAAUGUCUGAUGACCCCCUUGGACUUUCUGGCCUCGGGCCUCUCCCUUGCCCACACCUGUGCAUCAAAAUCAUAGAAGUGCAGGGCUGGAAGGGAGAUGGUCUAGUCCAGGGGUGGCCAGCCUGCAGCACGUAUGCCACAAGUAGCAUGGGCAGCCCCUGUGCAUGGUACACAGCAGAUCAGGGGAAACAGUGGCAGAGUGGCAGGGAGCAGAAAGCAGAGCAGCAGAUGGAACAGGAAGCCUAGGGCAGGGAGCAGAAAGCAAAGCUGCGGAUCAGGUAGGGAGUCGAAAGCAGAGCAGCAGAUCAGGUAGGGGAAGGGGAUCAGAUUCCCCUGCACCUCAGUAUCUAACCUCACUGCACAUGAAGCCAGUUACUACUUCUGUGACCCUCAAAAGACUCAAAGAGUAAUUUGAUUACUGCCAUCUUUGUAACAACCUUUUACAUACUAGAAGCCUAUUGUCAUUCUCUCCCCCAAGUCAUGUCCUUUCUAGAUGAAGCAAAGCCAGUUCCUCCAGCCUGUCCUCAACGUACUUGCAUUGCAUUGAUGUUCCCUUAUGGCAUGGCUAGGGUUGCACCAUGCCUUGGGAUGUCUGCUGCUUUGGCCGCUUAGAGUAUGGGAAGACCUUGAAUUCACUCCAUUUGCCCGUUUUGCUCCAGGAAACAUGAACGGGGUGCCAAGGGACAGCAUGGGGGAAGCCUGCCCCGUCAUAGCUUGCACUCCUGUCCCUAAUUGCACGGCCAUCACAGGAGUUUGUCUAGAACAAACAGCUCAGUGCACUGAUUUCUUUAACCCAGAUGGGCUCAGAUUGUGUGUGAUGCCAAGACCCCUUGGCCUAACUCGGGUAGCAGAAAGGGACUUUAAAAUAAGAGCAAACACAGCAAACUGGGAACAAAUUUAAUUAGUGUCCACCCAGCCUAAGGCCCUUUUUACAUUUCCAGGUAAAUCCAGUGCAAACAGGCCCAGAGGUCUUCAAAUCAUUGUAAAGGCCUAGCAGGAAACAAUUGUUUCGGGUGCUGUGAUAUUGAAAAGCAAUUGCCAACAAAACAGUCAGUGAGGCCUUGAUUAGAACAGCACUUAAGCAGAUGAAUUGUUUAAUUGAGUUAAUCGGGACUGCAGUCCCUUGGGCUGAGAAAAGGCUAUCAGGACUGGGUACUUGCCUAAACACAGUGCAAACAAUAACAGGAAGAGCCUGCCUAAAUGUUUUACAUCUCAUUAAGGCACCAGAUCUUGUUUCUCAGAGGGCCUCAUGUUUCUAUUAGUAGUCUUGAAAUUGCCUGGGCCUAGUCAGCUCCAGGCAGCUUUAGAAGCCUUAAAAUUCAGCCUUCAGAUGAUACAGGCCACAUCUACAUGUGCAUUAAUGUACUUUAGUUAAUACGCAUUAAAUCUAGUAACUCCAGGCAUUUUUGCACGUGUAAGCGCUGCAGUCCUGGGCACUUUGAAAAGUGCCUGGAGCUGCGACGCUUGCAUUUGUAUAAGUGGCAAAAUGUGCGUCAGCGCUGAAGAAGUGGUGGCACCACGCUUUUGAACCAAAACUCAUUGGAGGUGCUUUAGUUCAAAAGCACACCGCCAUCAUUUUCUAUGCGCUGACACGCAUUUUGGCACUUGUACAACUGCAUGUGGUGCAGCACAGUUUGAAUCAGCUUGUGUGCGGAGCGGACUCGAUUAAUCGAGUCUGCUGCGAAGCAGUGGAUCUCUGGUGUGUCGUAGAGUAAAAAAGUCUGUGUAUAAAUGCCCUCCAUUGGGGGUACUAGGAACAUGUGCACUAGCCUGUCUUAAUACGCAUUAACUAAAGAGCCCAGGGCAUUUAUGGAUGUGCUCUGGGAGGCGGAGGGCACUUCAGUUAGUGAGUCACGCUAAUUAAAAGUGCCCAAGUGUCACGUGUAUCAAUGUUCCCAGGCUGAAAAAUGGCAGCGGGGAGCUUUGAACUAAAGCUCAUCAAACAGGCUUUAAUUCAAAGUGCUGGAUUUACAGCAUGUCAGAGCAGCCUUGCUGCACGUCCAUAGGAGCCCAAAGUUUUUAAGUAACGCUUAAUGCUUAUAGUCUAUUUUAAUGUACAUUAACUAAAACAUCUACACAUGCAUUAAUGUGCUUUAGUUAGUACGCAUUAAAUCCAGUACCACCAUUGUGAGGUACUAAGAAAAUGUGCAUUAUCUUAUUUUAAUGCACUUUAAAUAGCACGGGUUUUUAGUGAUGCUUUAAUGCACAUUUAGAUAGGCUAAUGCACAUUAAAGUGCAUGUGUAGAUGCACCCCACCAUUUUAGUGACAUGUUAAGGCACAUUAAAAUAGGCUAAUGCAUAUUAAAUCACGUGUCAAUACACUCAGUGUUAAACUGCACACAGCUACCUUACAAACUAGAUAUGUAGAUAAUGGGGUCAAAGUGUUUCUAUGCAUUUAAAUGCACUUAACCAUGCCUAAUGCACGUCUGUUCCAAUGUAAAUAUUAGGCAAACAUCUGGAACGGGUGUCCUGUUUUGCAGUUACAUGAAUUAUGCACUUUUCCAUGGAUACAUAGAAUGGAGUACACUAUAUUCCCAUAUUUACAGUUAGGUACUGCUUAAAUAACAGCUUCUUGAACUGUGGCUUCAGAGUUUGCCUGAGAAAGAUAGGAUCAGACAUGAGGUGGCUAUCUAUAUUUAUAUCCAACAUAAGAUUAUGGAAGACAAAGCAUGGAAAUACAACUUAACCCCAAAGAAUGACCAACCCUAUGUUGUCAUUUGUGCUGUUUCCUUGCUGACACUACAGGCUUCUGUAAUGACUUAAAAUGCAAACAUCAUUUCCAUCCAUCCACAUACUUAUUUGAACAUAAGCGUCAGAGCCUCUGGAAAAUGUAAAAAACACACGAUAUUUUUAUCCUUCAUCAAAAAAAUGCUAUAAAUAUCUUUCGUGAAUUCUCAGAACUGUAAUACCAGAUGCCAUCUUUUCUCAGAAAAAAAAGGAUGUUUAAAAUAUGUCACAAUUCAGUUGAUUGUAGUUUCUGGGCCCUGGAGUGUGUUGAGUGUGGUGGAGUGGCAGACAACCAGAUAAAUAUUUACGU